AUGACGAUGCCAGGCCUCACACUCAACACAGGGGCCGCCGCGGCGUCAGAAACAGGGGCGCCGCAAACCCCCGCCGCGAGCGCAGCCACAAACGCAAAUACAACCAUACCCUCCGCCGCCAGCACCCAAGCUGCCGCCACCACCCCCAUACCGAUCCCGUACGCGCAACACAGCAGCCAACUCCAGAACCACCAGCCCCCCUCGCGUUCCUCGUCGCCGGCAGGGCCGACCUACAGCCCGAUCACGCCGCCGCUGAACCCCACGGCGCUGCCGCCGCGACCAGAGUACACCCACAGCUCCAACGCAGACGCGACUGCAGCGCCGGCUCCGCGACCCGAUCCCAUAGACUUCGACAGCAACCCGGACGUGCUGGCGCUCAGGUCGGCCAUCUCUCUCCUGCAGAUACAGCGGCGCAGGGCGGAGCGCGACAUGGCGACUCUGGACCGGGUCAAGACGGCCGCGCUCGCGGAGCCCGCGGCGUUCGUGCGGGACCUCGUAGCCGGGCACGUGAGGGUUGAGGGGGAUCGGCUGUUCGCGGACGGUGUGCCGGUCGAAGAAGGCGAUAGCGAUAGUGACAGUGACAGUGAGGACGGGUCCGCGGACGAGGGCAUGAGUGCGAAGCAGCAACAACCAUUGAUCCACACCGAGGGCGCGGCUCAAGUUGCAGACGGUAGCAAUAAGCCCGCCGAAACCACCCAACCGAAGUCAGAAGCCCAGCCAGGACCCACCAUCAAGCCAGACCCAGACCGCAAGGACGCGGCCGCCCCCAGGCCGGCCUGGGCGACGCUGCCGGAGCCGCAGAACGUGGUGCGCUGCCCGCCCAUCAACUGGUCGCAGUACGCCGUGGUGGGCGAGUCGCUGGACCGCAUCCACAACGAGCAGCUGGCGCGGCCGCCGCAGGGGGUGCCUGCCGUCAUGACGCCCGACGGCAAGUUCGAGUUCAAGGCCGGCGACGGCGGCCUCGGCAGGCAGGAGAAGUACGUCGGCGUCGCGGCGCCCUACGCGCCGGGCAAGGACCGCCUGGACAAGAAGCCCAAGGGGCCCAAGCGCUGA